AUGGUGGCGCGCCGCCAGCAUGGCUUUAGGCACCGCUUCUCACUUGUUGCCAUCGUGGAGCCAGUGAGUUCAUGGGUUGGUGGGUCGCUUGAUGCUCUUCUAGCUUCUCCCGCAGUAUAUAUGAAGUCUGCUCCUGUGUUUAAAAUGGAGGAGGCUAAUGGAACUGUGGAUCUGGAGGUUGACAUUAUUGGCCAAGGUGCUGUUGGUAGCAAGUUAGCCUCAGUUGAGGACCCUGACGCCACAGAGUGUUCAAGUUCCUUUGGGGACACUCUGUCAGGAUCGGAGGAUGAUGCAAGGCCUUCAGAGAUUAGCGACAUCGAGGUGGACUCGCCGUUCUGCCGCUAUCCUCCUAAUGGUGAUGCUGCUGCUCUACUGGAUGCAGCUGCUUCAGACAAUUUGGAUAGACUAUUGAAGAAGAAAAAGGUGACUGAUCAUUGGAGAAAGUAUGUAAGCCCAUUAAUGUGGAGAUGCCAAUGGCUAGAACUGCGGAUGAAGGAUUUGCAAUCUCAAGUGUCUAAAUAUGACAAGGAGCUUGCAGUACUCAAGCAUGAGAAGGAGUUGCAGACAAAAAUGAUUGAGUUGGAUUGUUCCUCCUCACGAUCAGUACCAUUCUCCUCUCUUUGCUGCAGGAAGACUAUGAAGCGAAGGAGGAGAAAAAGAAACGAAGACAAAAUUGAUACUUCAUCAUAUAUCUCUAAUCAUACCGUGUUCUCUUAUUUUGAAAAAACAGAAGCAGAUGGCCAUUCUAUUGAAGACAAUGCCAACUUAGCGGAUGACAACACGAAAGGAAAUAAUGAUGCUGAUUGGCUACUUGGUAUUGAAGGAGGUGAUACCACUGUUGAGCAGAUUCUUUUAAGCAUUCAAGCUGCCCAAGACAGGGUAUUCAGUCUGAGAUCAAAUCUCAAGCAAGCAAUGGCUAAGAAGAAUAAGGGAAUAACCCUUAAAAUUAACACAUCGGUCAAUGGUACACAGAGCUCAAAUUGCUCACCAGGAAAGGGCAAAGUUGCUGGACUGCAUGAGAGAUCUCCCCAGGACACAUCAGAAUGUGAUAUGGAUGAUUCUGCCAUGCCUGAUAGUGCUCUCUCGAGCUAUGGAGAAGCUAGCAACAUGGAUAUUUUUGAAAGCACCAUGAGCCUAUUGUCUGAAGGCCCACAUCAGAUUGGAGAAUUCCGUGAAAGUUCUGAAGAUGUAUUGAUUGACAACCAAGCAGCAGAGGAAGGGUACCAAAAUUUUGAGGUGAUCAGCCAUCCAAGCAAGCGGCUAAGGGUAUCGGUGAAGCGAGAAGCUGGGGCACAUUCCGAGGAUGAGAGCGUUGCCCCUGUUAUCGCAGUCAAGAAAGAAGAAACACAGGAAGAAGCCACCACCAGCUUCAGUCUGCAUGGGGCAUUCCUGAAGCCCUGCUUCACAGGGAAGAGGCAGGAGAGGAAGCCAAAGAAGCAAAUGAAGCGAAGACGAGGUGGUCCAACUGCAGCAGCUGCAGCUCUCAUCUCGUGGAGGAGCAAGAGGAUCCGGAAGAAGAAGCAACCCUAG